AUGGCUACAGGACGCGGACAAGCCUUGGAAAGUUUCAGAAUGGGCUUGGAAAAAGUUCAGCAAGCAAACAGAGUACCACCAAGCAGACACAGCAACGAGGACGUAAAGAAGAAAAUGCAAUCGGACUCACCGAAGCCAAAAAGCUGUGCCAUUUCCAGAAAAAAACCUAAAAGGCCAACAUCAAAAGGAUCAAGCGUAAAGUACAGAGUUACACUCAGUCGUUCUCAAAAUCAUUUUGAUAGACUGCCACCAGAGAUCCUCCUGAAGAUUCUUUCCUAUUUAGAUGCCUCUUCACUUUUUUGCAUGGGCUAUGUCAACAAGCAGUUUUAUGAACUGGCCAACAACAAUGCUAUAUGGUACAGGAUGUAUUCAAGUGAAUCUGCAAAGAAAUGGAAGCCCAAACAAGUAGAUGAGGUUACAGAUUGUGUGAAUGCUGCAUCCAUUCAAGAAAAGCCGAAAGGGUACUGGAAGAGGCUCUACUUUCGAAAGAUGUCUGGAUAUAACGAAAACAAAUGGAAGAAGCAAUUAAAGGCUAUCAACCCAUACAAUGGCUUGCCAAGUCAAACGGAACAAGUUCUCAGGAAUCUGCAUGUUACAUGGGAGAUCACUGUAACUGAUAAAAGGGGACGGGAAAGCACUUUUCAGCAGUCGCGCUGCUAUUUUUCUGAUUCAUCUGUCACGGUCUGUUGGAAUAACAGCAGUUGGCCUCCUCUGUACCACCUCUCUAUGUUGCAUCUGCAUGGAGUGAUUCGGUUGGCAUUAGAUUGUCCUACUGCGAACAAGCCAGGAUGGCGAUCUCUUAUCACAAAGCAUGAUCUGCAUGGUGUCAGAGAGAGCAGCAGAGUCAUUGGCUCAGACAAGCUUGUGAAUUUGUUGCACUUUCCCCCAGGUCUUAUUAUUGGACUGUGGCGGGGGCACUGUUCAAUAGCCUUUGUCAUGAUGAACUUACACUUCCACAAGCUAGUGGAAAGAAGCCUCCUUGGGUCUUCCAUAUGCCCCUAUACAUUGCCAGAAGACAGGCCUCCCUUUGAUGAUGUGGACCCAGAAUAUGGUCUCCAUGGAUACACUCUGCACAUCUCACUUCAUAAUACUGUGAAGCACAUCAUGUCCGGGCAUUUCUCUCAGCUCUUCUGCAAGGCAGAUCAGAUUCGGGAUGGGUUCAUACAGUUGAAGGCUAUCAACAGGAAUGACCUGUCACAACACACACCCCUCUCUGGGAAAAUCAGCCUGCCCUGGAAGACUGAGGGGCUGGAUGGGAACGUCCAGAACUGUUGCAUGAUGAGUGUGACCGUAUUGGAUGAAGCACAGAGCCCCUUCUGGUGCGUCUGCUCGCCAGUGGAAAUGAUCUUGUCGAAAGGCGAAUCUUCAUCAUACGACUAUGAUGGGGAGAACUUCGUCAUCAAGUACCAAGACCCCGAUGGAAGGGUCAAAAUUGCGCUUGUGUGGUUAGCGGAACAAGAGCAGUUCUUUCUCACCAGCCUUGUAGUUUACAUUGCAAAGGCUAAAGUAAACAAGCACUUUGGAAGAGACUACUGA